UCAUCUCUUAUGUACAUGUUAAAGAUAGAUUUAAGUUACAGAAAAACAUUCCUCAUUUAGAAAUGUGUCAAACUUUGUACAAACAUUAUUCGGCACAGUGAAGGUCAAACACGAAAUUUGUUAGAUUUUAUGUUUUAAUCUUGACUUUGCCUUUGAAUUAGUAGUUGUAGAAAACCGUUGACCUGAAAAACUGAGCACACGCACAUAUUUUCAGCUGUGCAGAGGAGAAAUUGCUUAAAAAUCAAUAGCCAAUACAUCAAUACAUGCUCUGAAUACAUUUCGCAAGAGCAGUCACACAUCGCUGAUUAGACAAACUCCACCGUUCUGCUGCAUGACCUCAUACAUCCAGCAGAGGAGGUGAAGGGGGGGGGAGUUGGACAGCCGAAGACCUGUCCUGCCCAUGAGCCAAAAAGGGCAAAGUGCAAAAUAGCAGCUGAGUAAAGGAGGGGACAGAGAUCACAAGAACUGUGACACACACUUGCUUAAAAACACUUCAGCAAGUCUCUUUCAGUGGGACUCAUCGAUUGAAGCUGUGCCUCUCACCUCUGUGGACUGCUGACUGAGCCUGAGGCUAGAAGACUGUGAUUAUCCACCUGAUAGUCUGUCGUGGCGUGCUCCAGCGGUAACCAUGACGACGGCAGAGCAACCUAAGGGACUAUGUCACAGAAAUGUCAGGACCCCUGAGUCAGAUGAGGUCUCCAAUCCUGACAGAGGCAAUAAUUGUCUACAAGAAGAAGAUCUAAGACAGUGGCAGAAACAUGCACAGAAUGUGAAGGUGAAAGUCCUGGAGCAGGUCCAGGAUCAGCUCAGUGAUAUACUCGACAAAGCUCUGACUGAGUCUGUCCAGCCUUUUACCCAACUCCAGCCAACAGUUAAUGGAAAAACUAACAAAAAACCCUCAUCCAGAUCUCAGAGAAUGGAUGACGGCAAAGUUUUUAUGACCAGGCAAUCACUGUUGGAUGAACUGUUUGAGAUCAACCAUAUCAGGACCAUCUACCACAUGUUCAUAGCCGUACUCCUCAUCUUCUGCAUGAGCACACUGGCUGUCGACUACAUUGACCAGGGCAGGUUGGUCUUGGAGUUCGACUUGUUGUUUUUCGCCUUUGGGAAGCUGGGGACUGUCACCUGGGCCUGGACUGUGAUGUUUGCCUACACCCUGCUUGUUCCCUACUACACCCUGGUGUUUUGGGGAUCUUUGUAUCACACCUUCCCCUCUAAGUUGGGGAUAUCUCUCAGCACGGGCCUGGUCCUGGCUGCAGUGCAGACAUAUGUACUGGGACACUUCCCCAUCUAUGUGGUUGUACACUACCAGCUGCCACCAGCCUCACGGUUCAUUGUGAUACUGGAACAGAUUCGACUCCUGAUGAAAAGCUACUCAUUCAUAAGAGAAACUGCUCCUGCUGUUAUGAAGAAUACACCAAAGGAAGGAGAAAGUCCAAGAUUCCCAACACUGUCCAGCUAUCUGUACUUCCUGUUCUGUCCCACACUCAUCUACAGGGAAUCAUAUCCUCGGAAUUCCCACAUAAGAUGGAAGUAUGUUGCCGUCACGCUCGGUAUGAUAUUGGGAUGCCUCUUUUAUGGCUACUUCAUUCUGGUCCGCCUUUGUGUGCCCGUCUUCAGACAUGAAGCCCACCAGCCUUUUAGUAAACGAACAAUGGUUCUGGCUGUGUUCAACUCAAUAUUACCAGGUAUAAUGCUCCUUCUGCUGUGUUUCUUUGCCUUCCUGCACUGCUGGCUCAACCUCUUCGGGGAGCUGCUGCGUUUUGCUGACAGAAUGUUUUACAAGGACUGGUGGAACUCUACAUCUUUCACCAACUAUUACCGUACCUGGAACGUGGUGGUUCAUGAUUGGCUGUUUUACUAUGGAUACAGAGACUUCCUCUGGCUGUCAAAAAGGAAAUUCCGAACAGCUGCCAUGCUCUCCGUGUUCAUCGUCUCUGCUGUCGUCCACGAGUACGCCUUGUCCAUGGGCUUUGGCUUUUUCUAUCCUGUCAUGUUCUGCCUCUUUGCUGUUUUUGGAGUGGUGUUCAACUUUACCCUGAAUGACAAGCGACAGAGUCCUGUGUUCAACGUCAUCAUGUGGGCGUGUCUCUUCCUCGGUCAGGGUGUCCAGGUGUGUCUGUACUGCCAGGAGUGGUACGCCCAGAUACACUGUCCUCGGACAGAGAAUAGUUUCCUGGAGUUGGUGACACCUCGCUCAUGGUCCUGCAGAUGAACAGCUGGUCGGGUAAAUGAUGGAAAGAUGGAGGGCUGAUAAUCACGAUGGACUAAAAAACAAAGCACAGAACAAGUAACUUAAAUUGUAAAUAUAUUUGAUUUUCUGUUUUUAGUGUGUAAAGAUUUCUUUGAGUCACAGUGUGACUGUCACUUUAUGUUGCUACUCAUGUGUGAUGAUAUCCAUACAUCACCAAUCCAUCACCUCUGAUUUAUUUGAACUUUUUAUUUGUACUGACAGUAUUAAAUAAUGUUUAAUAAUUCAGGCUGUGUAAAACUCUUUUUUUUUUUACCAAGCAAGUUGCUCUGGAUGUGUGUACAGUAGAUGUUAAUUUCUUCAUCUGAAUGUAAUUCUUUGAACUAUUAAACGUAUUUAAAUGCUGUGAUAAAUUCUCAAGAGCUCAUUUGCAUUCAUGUAUUCUUCUUCUUGCCUUGCUUGAUGUUUAGCUGGCAGCGAUUGGUUGGGAGAAGCAGGUACGUUAACCAACCAAUGACAGGCAGCACAGCGUCUUAUCAGUCAGCUACAAAGCCUGUGUUUGUCUGCCUGCUACGUCCCUCUGAAGUCAUACAGGAAGAAGAGGAUUAACGUCAGUGCAGUGUUUGCAUUAGUGAUGUAAUGCUUUGUAAACUGAUAUACAGUAAUACCAUAGGAGCUCAGAGAGGCACAGCACAGUUUCAGAGGAAGUGGUACAGUUCAAUAUAUUUAUGUCUAUGUUUGACAGUUAUGCUUAAAAAUAAAAUCUCUUGUAUUUUAUAAACGUGACAUUAUGACUUUUUUUUUUUUAUCUCUAGCUUUCUUUUAACUUAUACUUGAAACGGGUUGUCACAUAUUUUAUAUGAUGGAUGCAGUUCUCCAUGUCAGCCAUUAAUGAGCCGCCUUCUCCUUCUUCUCCACACUGCUGAAAAA